CGUACCUGCGCCGCCCGAGCGGUCCUGGGAUAGCGAUGGAGACGCCCGAAGCGUCAACCCGGGCGCUAUUGGUCCCUGCCGGGUCCGGGCCCCGGAGGAAGCGCGCGGGAGGGGAGGCCCGGGCUACGACGAGCAAGCAACGGGUCCUGGACGAAGAAGAGUACAUCGAGGGCCUCCAGACAGUCAUCCAGAGGGACUUCUUUCCUGAUGUGGAGAAGCUGCAGGCUCAGAAGGAGUACCUGGAGGCUGAGGAGAAUGGAGACCUGGAACGGAUGCGUCAGAUUGCCAUCAAGUUUGGCUCUGCCCUGGGCAAGAUGUCCCGGGAACCCCCACCGCCCUAUGUGACUCCAGCCACAUUUGAAACCCCUGAUGUGCACACAGGCACUGGAGCCGUGGGCAACAAGCCCCGGGGCCGGGGCGGAGGCCUGGAGGAGGGCGAUGGAGAGGCUGGAGAGGAGGCGGAGAAGGAGCUCCUGCCCAGCCUGGAUGUCUUCCUGAGCCGGUACACAAGUGAGGACAAUGCCUCCUUCCAGGAGAUCAUGGAGGUGGCCAAGGAGAAGAGCCGGGCACGCCACACGUGGCUCUACCAGGCCGAGGAGGAGUUCGAGAAGAGGCAGAAAGAUAAUCUUACACUUCCGUCGGCAGAGCACCAGGCCAUCGAGAGCAGCCAGGCUGGCGUGGAGACCUGGAAGUACAAGGCGAAAAACUCCCUCAUGUACUACCCAGAGGGUGUUCCUGAUGAAGAACAGUUGUUCAAGAAGCCGAGGCAGGUGGUGCAUAAGAAUACUCGCUUCCUCAGGGAUCCCUUCAGCCAGGCUCUGAGCAGGUCCCAGCUGCAGCAGGCUGCCGCCCUCAAUGCCCAGCACAAACAGGGCAAGGUAGGCCCUGAUGGCAAGGAGCUGAUUCCCCAGGAUUCCCCACGAGUGGGUGGAUUUGGAUUUGUUGUGACCCCUUCUCCUGCCCCUGGGGUGAACGAGUCGCCGCUGAUGACCUGGGGGGAGGUCGAAAACACUCCCUUGAGAGUUGAAGGAUCUGAAACCCCCUAUGUGGACAGGACGCCAGGGCCAGCCUUCAAGAUCCUGGAGCCUGGCCGCAGGGAGCGGCUGGGGCUGAAGAUGGCCAACGAGGCCGCCGCCAAGAACCGGGCCAAGAAGCAGGAGGCCUUGAGGAGAGUGACGGAGAACCUGGCCAGCCUCACCCCCAAAGGCCUGAGCCCAGCCAUGUCCCCAGCCCUGCAGCGCCUUGUGAGCAGGACGGCCAGCAAGUACACAGACCGGGCGCUGCGGGCCAGCUACACCCCGUCUCCAGCACGCUCGACCCACCUCAAGACCCCAGCUGGUGGGCCUCAGACCCCCACGAGCACACCGGCUCCUGGCUCUGCGGCACGCACCCCCCUCAGCCAGGACCCAGCCUCCAUCACGGACAACCUGCUGCAGCUCCCUGCCCGGCGCAAAGCCUCAGACUUCUUCUAGUUCCAGGCCCGGGCCGGGCCUGUGGAAGCUCUGUGGAGCCUGCAGGGCAGCUGCCCACUCCGCAGAGGACUCCGGCCUCCUGGGGACCCAGGCUCGGGCCAUAAAUGGUGACUGUCCCGGGAACCACAGAAAAGAUGCCAUGCCUUGGCCAGGCUGGCACAAAACUUGCCCCCACGGCCCUUGAGGUGUAUCCCAGGGCCUCACUGAUACUGUUUUCUAUCGAAGCCUUGCCUGUUUCUAUCUAGCCGUCAUUAAAGAGCACCUAGCACAGUCUGGCAGGACCGUCUGUCCGGCCCGCUCUGCACAGGCCUUAGGCUGCCCUCGUGCCCACAUCGCAGUCUCAGGACUGCAGGCUUCCCUGGGAAGAAGCUUCUGGGUGAGGUGAACUUGGAAGUCCAGGAUGCCUUUCUUGCCACUACCUGCAUUGCUUCUGUGGCCCCCCUGGGGUUUGGAACCUGCCUUCUGCACUGAGCUCACAGCACGUUGGGCCCUGCUUCCCAAGUUCUGUCCCUUUGAGGGAAGGAGAGAGCCCUUGAAAGUUGUGCCCCUCAGGUUCUCCUGGGGCCCUGGGUUCAGGUCUGUAGCCUCCCCAGCCGGGCCUGGCCUGCGUGGUUUGCUGGUGACAGGGUUGCGUGGGUCUGGUGUGUCAGACCACACAUCACGUGUCGCACCUUCAAAGUGGCCUCAACGUCACCUUCUUCAAGCACCUGGUCUCCAGCUCAGGUGGGGCAGGGCUGUCUCUCUUCCUGCACUUCCGUCUCCCCGUGCUCCAGGCACCACCUUCCCUACGCUGCUGAGUCACCAGCAAGAGCUGUGGGUAACAGUAACCUGGGCCACAGUGUCAAAAAGCAAUGGGGCCAGGUUCCACACAGACCCAAGAGUGCUAUGUGCACCACAGGCCACGUUUGCCCAUGACCUUGAGGGCUUUGGUGCCCGACUCUAGGAGGCCUGGGCCAGCCACUUCACAUGAAGGUGGGAUGUCCAAGCUGGCUCCCAGAUGGGUCUCUUCAGGCCUUAAGUGGGGUCAGGUCGUGCCCUCUGAGGGGCUUGCACUGCCCAAGGAGACACCCUGGAGUCUGCUCAGACCAGAGUUUUUCUUGCUUCGAGCAUACCGAGCCCUGCCCUGGCCAUUGUCUUAGGUUGUCCUGCAUGGAUCCUCGCCCCCUCUGUGAGUGCCGUGUUCCCUGGAGGCUGGCGUGGGGCCAGUCACCUGCCUAGGCACCCACUAGUCUGUGCAUGACUGUGAGUUUCCAGGGGGCCAAGCCCCAGCCAAGCCCUGUAACUUACCAGGGGGCUGGGACUGGGCUCAGCGGGUGGGACCGGGACCAGGACCGCCCGGGGAUCAGGAAAGUGUGGCCCUUUGUGCUCUUCUCCCAUAGAGUAAGGGGGGAAGCAUGGACCAGAGCAGCAUGGAGGCAGAGACAUCUGAGUGGAUGUGAGAUGCAGAGGGAGAUGCUGUCCAGGCAAGGCCACUUAAGGCCAAGCGCUGGGCCCCCCUGAGCACUGGCUGGUGUAUGGGGAGGACAGGAAGGGUUGGGGAGGGCGUGGGUGAGAGAGGUCUGGGCUGGGGCUGUUCUGGCAAAGGAAAGAGCACUCAAGGGGCCAAGGUCACUGAUCUCAACUGCAAGAAUGGAGGGAACAGAGUACAUGGAGAAAGGGGCUGUGUGAGGGAGAGGGUUGGGGUCAGGGUCAGGGUGGAUUGCUCCUGAGCCAGAGAGACCCUGGAGGCGCUGGGCCCGGGGUGGGUCAGCAGGAGACGGUGGGGGGCUGGCUGUGAGCUGCGGCUGAGGUCGUCUUGCACACAGGGCCUCGCCAUGAGUCUGCCUGUGCCUGAGCACCAGUCCCUGCACCCUUUUGCUGGAGACCCCUGCGCCGCAGGGAGGGUGGUUGGCUGAGUCCUAGAGAAAAAGACUCCUCACGGGGCACUCUUGAUGCUUGUAUACACUUUGUGGUUUAUUUGGUGGUCAGUAAUUAAUGUCUUUGCUACUAAGUGGAAGAAAGCUAAUAGAACGUAAUCAAAAUAGUGGUUUAAUUGACGGAUUUUACUUGUUCCUUGCACCUGUGCCUUCUUCAGCUCCUACUGCCUGUUUAGUUUAUGUGGGUGCACGCUAUGCACCAUGCCCCCCGGGCCCUCAGCACCGCUAGGUGCUCGCUUUCCCCACCUCGGCUCCAGUGACAUGAUGAUCUUUUGCCUUGGAGGCCUCGGCCAGCCUGUCCUCCAUCCUGUCCUCGUUCUCGGGCACCACCAGCAGCCGGUGCUGGGUUUUGGUCCCCAGCUUGUGGUCCGGCCGGUGCUCGGGCCGGUGCUCAGGCCGCGAGCCUGGCCGGGUGUCCAGUUUGCCCUCGGUCCGGUACUUGCCCUCACCCUCCCUCUUGAAGGAGGCAGAAGACAUGGCUUUGGGCUUGGGGGGCUGCAGCCACGAGUGGCUGAGGAUCUCGUCGAUGUGCAGCCGCCGGUUGACGUCUGGCUGCAGCAUGCGGUAGAUGAGGUCCUUGCACUCGCCCGUCAGGUUCUUGGAGCGGGGGAAGUCCACGCGGUGCUCCUUCUGGAUGUGCAGCAUCUUCUUGAUGUCGGAGUCGUCGUAGGGCAUGGAGCCACAGACCAUGAUGAAGAGGAUCACGCCCAGGCUCCAGAUGUCGUACACCUUGGGCUGGUAGGGGAUGCCCUGCAGCACCUCGGGGGCCGCGUAUGCCGCCGACCCGCAGAAGGUCUUGCUGAGGAUGAUGCGGCCGCUGCUGUCCCGCAGGCAGCGCUUGGAGAAGCCGAAGUCGGACAGCUUGAUGUUGAAGUCCUUGUCGAGGAGGAGGUUCUCGCACUUGAGAUCUCGGUGGACGACGUCCAGGUCAUGGCAGUACUUGACGGCCGAGGAGAGCUGGCGGAACAUCUUACGAGCCACGUCCUCAUGCAGCGCUCCCCGACACUUGAUGAACUCGAGGAGGUCGCCCUGGACCCCGAGCUCCAUGACGAUGUAGAUGCGCCCGUCAGAGGUCUCAAAGAUCUCGUAGGUCUUGAUGAUGGAGCGGUGGUUGACGGUUGCCAGGAUGUCCAUCUCCCGAGGAAGGAAUCUCUCCACGAAGUCGGUGGGCGUCUUCUUGCGGUCGAUGAUCUUGACCGCCACAUUGAACUUGAGGCGCUCGGAGUAGGCAGAUUUGACUUUUGCGUACGAGCCCUUGCCAAGAUUGAUGCCCACGAUGUAACCCUUCUUCCUUAGGACCGCGGCAUCGUCCAUGGUGCCAGGAGCGGCUGGCGCCGCUGCACUCUACAUCCCCUCCCCACGUGGGCCAGCGGGCAUUGUCCUCAUUUACACUGUGGGGAGCCGUCUGGCUGGGCUGGGCCUGGACUUGGAGGGGCGGAACGCUCAGCAUUGUCCCCGUGUGACUUCAGCAUGUGAAGUCAUAAAGCCAGCCUGCCGGGAGUAGGGACUGAGCUGGGGGAAACGGGGCCCCUGGAACCCCGUAAUCCAGGCUGACCUGGCAGGAGUGCCUACUCCCCGCCCCCUGGAAGGAAGCCAACACCCCAGACUGCGGUAACCCUCCCUGUUCCUCCUCCUCGAUGUGGCUUCCUUGUCAUGAGUCAGGCCUGAGGGAGGGCCACCCAGGUCAAGCCCUAGUGCCGGCCCCAUGCCCAUUUCCUUCUCCUGGCUGUGCGGACUGACCCUGCAUUGGUCCAUGCCCCACCAGGGCUGAUUUCCCGCAGCUUCUUUGGGGCGUGAAGAAAACCCUCUCUAGGACUUGUGUCCUUGGAGCUGGUGGUGCCUGGGAGGAAUGGCGCUGGUCUGGCCAGCCUUGUGAACGAGAGCAGCUCUUGUUCAGGGUAGAAGGGUGGGCAGAGGAGUGCCGCUGCGGCACGUGUGGGGUGGGAGGGCCGGCAGCGCCCUGGGCCCCAGACGCAGAUGCGUGUUCCCAGGGCUGGGGCCUGCCUGGAGGACGGGCCAGGCCUCAGUCAGGUAGAGGAGGCGUCCAGGCAGGGAAAAGCCUGGGAGAGGCGAUGGCUUGUUCUGAGAAUUGCUGAGUCUCACAGUCUGGAGGGAGGGUGGAGGAGAAGGGAAGUGGCUGGCAGACAUUGCAGGGCCUGGGGCCAGAAGAGCCAUGAGCCAAGUCACAUUGUAAGAUGGUCCCUGGCAGAGUGCCUAGAGCAUGGGCUUCGGGGUGAGUGGAGGCCAGUGCCUUUGACCAGAUGAGAGGAGGCUGGCCCGCGGUGGGCCUGAAGGGAUUGGACGGCAGAGAGACAGAGAGUCUGGUGCACUGACCCCUGAGUGGGCAGGACCUUGGUCAGAGCUUUGGUGCUGAGGGUCCUGGUAAGAGCAGGCUCGGGGAGGAGGAGGGGGUCCUGAAUUAUGUCACUCUGGACCUUUGUGAGGAGUGGGCAUGUUGUGGUCUGGUGGACCCCUGGCGUUGGCAUCUCUCAAGCUGUUUUGCACCUGAAAGCAAUGUGAAAACCCUUGUGUUUUCGCUUUAGGAAGUGUGGCAUCUUCUGUGUGUCUCCUUAGCUACUUUAGAAGCCCUGCUGCUCAUUUGUUCCCCAUCCCAGGCACCUUGUGCCCGCACGUGGACGUGCCAUAUGCUCAGUGUUCAGGGGAGUGGGGGAGGAGGAGGAGGCCUGCGUGUGGGAGGUCGGGAGGGGAGGGGAGGGAGGAGCCAGUGUGCAGAGGAUCUGUAGGGCCCCGCCAGGUUGAUGAGGGGCGGGACAUGCCAGGCAGACGUGUGAGCACACCUGGGGCACAGGGCGCUCCCUGCGUCUGGGGGUUCAUGUGGAAGAUCUCCAGGGCGGGGCAGCCAGAGUCCGGAUGCCAGGGAGUGACUGCUCUCCAGCAGCCACGGCCUCCCUGAGGCCUGCUGCUGGCUCUUUGGAACUUCUGUUGCAGUAGCUUUGGCCUGAUGCCUGUUCUCUCCUGGGAUGUCUGGCAGAAAUGACCAGAACUUCAUUCCUUUGCAUCCCACAAGGGGCUGGCUGUGAGGAUUUGCAGGCCAGGACCCAGGAGCAUGACAGUCUCCUCUGCCGUCCUGCACUCCCGAAUGUUCUAUCUGGGGCACCCCCCUGCACAUCUGCCUUUUUGGCUGUCUCUGCCGACCCACCCACUUUCCCCUUUCUUGUAGCUUCUGCUUCCUCAUACUCUGCCCUUGCCUGGGACCGUGUGGCCUCUUUGGUUGUCGGGGGACACGGUUGAGGAGGCACGAGGUGAGCUGCUGGGGUGGGGCGAGGUGGCUUCACCCCACACACGCAUGCCGAGGCAGGCCCUCCUGGUAUGUUCAGGCCGGGAAGUGUCCCAUUGGACCUGUGGUCUCCGGGGGGUACGCCCAGCCUGUGGCCCUGCACGUGGGAGACCUGCAGACUCUGGGAAGGCGCCUUCCCUCUGAGUUUCGGCUUCCUCCAUUUCUCCACUCACCCUAUAGGCAUUGGAGGGUUGGUUUCAGAUGCUGGGGUUCACUGAUGAACUAGAUAGGACCCAUGCCUUUCCUAAAGCCCAGAGGACAGGGAGCUUCUGUGUCCCACUAACAGCGCAAAUGCCUAGUGGUGGCUGUGCCAUGACAUGGGAACCCAGGGCUGUGAGGGAAAAACUGGGACUGGAUUUGGGGAGCUUGGGAGGGCUGAGGCCUGAGGCGUUCGCUACAUGGAGGGGGACGAGGCCAUGGUGAGGAUCUUGAUCCUAGAGCCUUGGGGAGGGUCACUGAAGGGCCCAAGCCAGGGCUGACCACAGGAGUGGCCUAAAAUGUGAGACUUCAGUCACCUGGGCCACCACGCUGUGCUGUGUGAUCUCAGGCAGUUGCCCACCCUCUCUGAGCUAUCUCUCCACCUGUAAAGCACACAGUAGAUGCUCCUUUGUGGGGCCCCUCCUGCCCAGGCUUGCCUUCCGGCUAGGCUAUGGCGAGUUGCUCCCAGACCCUCUUGCCGCAUAUUGCCCGCGGCCCCGAUGACCACAACAAGGCACAGGUGACCAAGGCGAGGAUGUUCAUGAGCUUCUCAGGAUGUCCUCACUCCAGCCAACCCCGUGGGCUCUGGAAUUGUACUCCGCCACCGGAUGAUCUGCAUGAUGCUGAAUUCCUGGGGCCCCUGGGGAAAAUUGGGGGCUCCUCCAGUAUUACCCAGGGCCUGUUCUGCGCCUGGACCUCGGCACUCGCAGGCCUGCCCCAGCAGUGCUCAUAGUGGCAGGCUGCCAAGCUCGGAAGGCUUUGUGGAGGCUAUGGCGCCUUGGCUGCUCCUGGAGCCACAGGUCCACAUGAAGUUGUCCAGAAUUGAGUGCAAAGCAGGAAGAGAAAGGGGCUCCCAUGGCUGAGGGCAUGGAGCCACAGACCAUGAUGAAGAGGAUCACGCCCAGGCUCCAGAUGUCGUACACCUUGGGCUGGUAGGGGAUGCCCUGCAGCACCUCGGGGGCCGCGUACGCUGCCGACCCGCAGAAGGUCUUGCUGAGGAUGAUGCGGCUGCCGCCGUCCCCGCAGGCAGCGCUUGGAGAAGCCGAAGUCGGACAGCUUGAUGUUGAAGUCCUUGUCGAGGAGGAGGUUCUCGCACUUGAGAUCUCGGUGGACGAUGUCCAGGUCAUGGCAGUACUUGAUGGCCAAGGAGAGCUGGUGGAACUUCUUGCGAGCAUCAUCCUCUUGCAGGGCUCCCCGGGUUUUGAUGAACUCGAGGAGGUCACCCUGGACCCCGAGCUCCAUGACGAUGUAGACCUUGCCGUCUGAUGUCUCAAAGAUCUCGUAGGUCUUGAUGAUGGAGCGGUGGUUUAGUAUGGGCAAAAUCUCAAUUUCCCGGGGAAGGAAUUUCUCCAAGAAGUCCGUGGGGGCUUUCUUGCGGUCGAUGAUCUUGACCGCCACGUUGAACUUCAGGCGCUCAGAGUAAGCGGAUUUGACUUUUGCGUACGAGCCCUCUCCCAAAUUUAUCCCCAUGAUGUAGCCUCGUCGCUUGAGGAUGGCAGAGUCGUCCAUGGUGCUGGGAGCGCCCAAUGCCUCUGAGGCUGCUGUCUACAUCCCUGCAGGACAUGGGCCAGCGGCGUCCUCAUUUACACUGUGGACUGAGAGUCCUCUGGGCUGGCCGGCCCUGCUAUCCCUGCCUCCUAGAGGCCAAGACUCUGGGGUGGAACGUUCAGCAUUGUCCCCCCAGGUGACUUCAGUGGGUGAAGUCAUAAAGGAGGAGUGCCCUGGGGGGAUGAGGCUCUGGCCUGAGCCACUUGGACUUGGAACUCUGGAAGGCCAGCCAGGGGGCUGGAGUGGACCAAAGGCCAGUGGAGAGUGGCCUUCCACUUGGCUGAGACCCGAGAUAGGAGGGGGCUGUGGGGAACACAUUGGUCUGCUCGUGCUUCUAAACAAGGAGCCAGGCCUCCUUGUGGGGUUGAUUAUUUCGACAUGGGGCCUCCCAGGAAAUCCAGGUUGGAUGGUCAUAUUAGUCUGAGUCCCGGCAGGAAACAAAAGACAUACUCAAGUUAGGGCAGUCUGAGGAAAGUUUAAUAAAGUCAUCUUAUUUACAAAG